UGGAGUCAUAGAGCAACGGUUUCUCCCGAGAUCAUAUAAAUUGUCCCACUGACUCCAUCUAUUUACUUUCUGUCUCUCCUUUCCUUCAACACAGCGAAAAACACAAAGAAAAGAAGGCAUGUUGUUCCCCGUGCUGCUGGGCCUGGCUCUCGGGCUGGUCGGUGCCUUCCCCUCCCCGCAGGACGACGCUGCUCCCGGGAAGAACUGGGUGGUGAUAGUCGCUGGAUCUAACGGCUGGUACAACUACAGACACCAGGCCGAUGCGUGCCACGCGUACCAGAUCGUGCACAAGAACGGCAUCCCGGACGAGCAGAUCGUGAUGAUGAUGUACGAUGACUUGGCCAAAAAUGAGAAUAACCCCACGCCGGGGAUCCUGAUCAACCGGCCCAAUGGCACUGAUGUGUACAAGGGAGUUCCUAAAGACUACAUCGGGGACGAUGUGACCCCACAGAACUUCCUAGCCGUGCUGAAGGGCGACUCCUCCAACGUGAAAGGAGGAUCUGGAAAAGUGCUGAAGAGCGGUCCCAACGAUCAUGUGUUCGUGUACUUCACUGACCACGGAGCGCCGGCUAUCCUGGCUUUCCCCAACGAUGACCUGAGUGCCACAGACCUCCAGGACACCAUCAAAUACAUGCACGAGAACAAGAAAUACAAAAAGAUGGUUUUGUACAUCGAGGCAUGUGAGUCCGGGUCGAUGAUGACCGACCUGCCUGCUGACAUCGACGUUUACGCCACGACAGCAUCUAACUCCCACGAGUCGUCGUACGCUUGCUACUACGACGAGAAGAGGGACACCUACCUGGGAGACUGGUACAGCGUCAACUGGAUGGAGGACUCCGACGUGGAGGACCUGAAUAAGGAAACUCUGGCGAAGCAGUUUAAGAUCGUGAAGAGCCACACCAACACCAGCCACGUGAAGCAGUUCGGAAACAAGACUCUGGGUCACAUGAAGGUCAUCACCUUCCAGGGGAACUCUAAGUCAGGUGUUCGGCCCGCCCCCCCGAUGACUCUGCAGCCAAUCGCGGACAGAGACCUGACGCCCAGCCCCGACGUCCCGCUGGCCGUCCUGAGGAGGAAGAUGAUGAAGAGCAACGACAUCCAGGAGGUCCGAGGACUGCUGAUGGAGAUCAACUCUCACCUGAAGGUGCAGGAGCUGAUGGCGGAGACUAUGCGCCAGGUUGUGGAGGAGGUGACGGGGAACCAGCUGAAGACGGAGGAGGUCCUGAACUCCAGAUCUGAUCUGACUCAGGCCCGCUGCUACAUAAAUGCGCUCACACACUACAAACACAACUGCUUCAACUGGCACAAGACGGAGUUUGAGUACGCUCUGAGACACCUGUACGCUCUGGUGAACCUGUGUGAGAGAGGAUACCCUGCAGACAGCAUCCUGCUCGCCAUGGACUCUGUGUGUCAUUUCAGCAAGCAAAGGGGUUUCUAAAAAAUCUUUAAACUGCUUCUUCUCCUUCAUGUGGGAGAACCAGAGGAGACGAGCUUCUCUUUGCACUGCUUUACAAAUCAAUCUGACGUGGAGUCACCGUUUCAUCAACACUUAUUAUUGUGUUUUUACCUUGUGAUGUAUUUUUGAUUUUGCUGAGAACUUUUAAACCUGUUUUAUGAUGAGUUGCACCAUCACUGUGAUCAAUAUUGUGGAUAUUUUACCCUUUUUAGGACAUCAGAUAGACAAUUAUAACAUGUUCAUUUGCUCUUAGUUUUAUAUGUGGUAUGGACGGCCUGAAAUGAAUGGAUGAUUGGCAUGUGGACGACGUCCCGCUGAACACUGAAUGUUUGCUGAACCUCAAGAGACUGUUGUAAACACUGAGAUCUUGAAAUAAAAUCUGCAAAAAAGUCA